CAUUCAAAAAAACCCGCGGUGGCGGCGGCGAGUCUCUCCGGCAUGGCUGAGUCGGGGGUCCAGGACCCGGGGGAUUCCUCUGCCCAGGAUGGGCCCCACGGAUCACCCGCACCUGGCACCAUCUCCUGGACGGCCCCCCUGGUCUGGCUGGAGCAGCUCCUGCCCGCUUCGCCCAUGCUCGCCGACCUCCGCCGCAGCCUCGCACCCGGGACCCCCCAGGAGGAGGAGGAGGAGGGGAGCACCCGGACCCUUGAGCUGGGGGCCACUGCCAGCCCUGGUCCCCCGGAGUCUCACAGGAGCCCCUGCCUGCCUCCGGCCUUGCUGCAGGACCAACGUACCAGCACGCCUGUCUCGGGGGCGUCUGCAGGAGCCUGGGCAACCCCUGUGAGCUGCCAGGACUUGGGGGCAAAGAGCCCCUCGGAGCCAAGCCCGGCCCCCUUACCUGGCUCGGCUGCCCCGGAGGCUGAUGCCUCGGCCUCCCCAGAGGGCCAGGAACGGCCUGUCCUGUGCCAGGACUCGGGCCCUGCCCGUAUCUGCCUGGCGGGCUGCGGGUGCCACGGCCUCUGGGGGUCUCCUCUGAGCGUUCUGGAGGAUGGACUUGGGGUGUCUCCAGCAGCAAUGGACCCCUCUUGGCCAGGCCCCAAAGGGGGGAGCCCUGCCUGCCCCGCCUGUGCCCAAGCCUGCAGCCUCCCACGGAAAAAUCAGGGCACCAGCGUCGCCCCCGUCUCUGUGGCGUCCGCAGCUGCCUGGACCUCCCAGCUGAGCUUCCGGGAGGCUGGCGUUAACACCUCCCCUGUGGAGAAGGCCACCACCACCGACAGCACAGCCGAGACCGACUCCCUCCUCUGGCACUGUUCCCGGGAUCAGCUGAGCCGCCUGUCCCGGACCGAGCUGGAGGGGCGCCUGCAGAGCACCCUGGUCAUCAUGGAAGCCCUCUCGCACCAGAUCCGGGCCGCCCAGGACUUCCGCCCCCCAGCAGCCCGGGUGGGGCCAGCGGACCAGAGGGACGUGGCCACCCAGACCCCCACCCCCGAGUCCAACGAGACGGAGCGACUCUACCACGGUCUCUACCGGGAGCUGCGGCUUCGGUUCCAGUCCCUGCAGGAGGGCCAGGAGAGCCGGCAGGCCCUGGCCCAGCGGCUGGAGGGUGCCAACGAGGAGCUGAGAGCGUGGUCCUCCCACUCCAGGCAGCUCCAGGCCACCGUGGAGGCCUCCUUCCAGCACCUCCAGGACGACCGGCGGUCUCUGCAGGAGCAGCAGGAGCAGCUGGGCCGGCUGCUGUCUCGGGGCCGGGCCCAGGUCCAGCGCUGGGGCCAGAAGCAGCAGGCCAAGGCCGGGGAGCUGCAGGCCGCCCUGAAGGCGAAGGAGGCGGCCAAUCUGGUCCUGGAGUCGUUGCAGGCCGGUGCCUCCGCCAAGAUCCGCACCCUGGAGCUGAGCGCCGAAUCACGGCGGCGCUUGUGGGACCUGCUACAGGAGGCGAAGGCGCUCAAGGCGGAUCUCUUGUUGGAAUGCGGCCGCCACCUGGCCCAAGGGGACGGCCUCACCGCGGCCCUGCAGGCUGACUGGGCGCAGAUGCGGCUGGACUACCAAGGCUGCCGCAGCGCCGUGGCCCAGUGCCUCGUGGCCCAGCGGAAGGUGGCGGAGGAGGUGGAGGCUGUCCGGAUUGAGAGCGCCCAGCACCAAGAGGUAUGCCAGAAGCUGGAGGAGAGGACGGUGGAAUUGGUUGAAGUGCUGGGCCGGGUGAACGAGCUGGUGGAGACCAACAGGCAGCUGGACCAAGACCUGCAGGCCGCUCUGGAAGAAGCGAGGGCCUCGGAAUACCAGCUGGAGCAGCUGCAGGAGAAACAGCUGGCGCUCACCCAGCAGCUGGAGGAGAAGAGGAUGGCCAUUCAGCGGCUGCAGGACGAGACCGCCAGGCUGGCCCAGGAAAAGGAGCGGGCGCAGCAGGAGAGGGAGAGCGCCCAGCGGGAGUUUCGGGAGGCCUUGGAUUGCCGCGAGUUUCUGGAGCAGGAGAACCAGGUUGCCCGCCGCCAGCUCAGCGAGACGGAGGAAGAGCUGAAGGCCAGCCUCGCCGCUCUGAGAGAACGCAGCAGCCUGCUGGAGGAUCUCAAGGAUGCCCACCGGAAACUCCAGCAGGAGCAGGAGUUGCUGAGUGCCGAGCUGGACGAGGCCAGGGCUGAGCUCCGGGGCAUGGAAAGCGGCCUGGGGGGGCUCUCCCGGGCCGUGGAGGAGUUGGGGGGUCUCCACGCCCAGUGCCUGGGGGCUGUGGACCUCCUGCGGACGGCCCUGCCAGGAGAGGCAGUCCAGAGCAGCACUCGCACUCCGGGCCGGCGCCCCUCCCAACGCCCGGGGCUUUCCCUGGUGGACAGCGUCCUGCGAGCGGCAUCCCAGGAAGACAAAACGAUCCCAGGCCUCUGGAGCGAGACCACCGCGUUUAUGCGCACAGCCCCGGCCCCUCCUCCUCAGCCCUCAGAGAUUGAGGCCUCCCUGGCCAGCCACACCCAGGAUCUGCGCCUGGCGCUGGAGCAGCUGCGCCUGCUGGCCAGGCGCUGCCAAGAAGACAUCAAAGAGCGGCAGGCACAGAUUUUGCAGCUGGAGCAGCAGCUGGAGACAUCGCAAACGGAACACCAGGCCGAGAUGGACGCUUGCAACGCCACCCGUUCCAAGCUCAGCAAGGCCCUGCACCAGAGGAUCCAGAGCGAGAAGGAGCUGCGGGAGCUGCUGCGUCAGCAAGGAGAGAAGCAAUUCCAGCUGAGCGACCAGAGGAGGGAAGUGGCGACCCUGCGAGAGGAGGUGGCUCUGCUGAGGGAGGAGCUGCAGAAGUCGGAGACGACGGCCGCCACUCUGUGGGACGAGCUGAGCGGGACCCGACUGCCCGAAGUCCAGGAGAAGAUCUGGCUGCGACAGGAGGUAGGAAAGCUGAAGGAGCUGCUUCUGCAGAAGGACACUGACCACACGAAGGCCCUGACCAGCCACGUGCUGCAGGUGAGAGGCCUGGAGGAGCGGCUCUGCCAGGCCCAGCAGCUGCUGUGGCACCAGGAAAAACUGGAGGCGAAGCUGAAGCAGGCCCUCUCCACGUUGCCGGAUGAAGUAUCCAGCCUCGCUGAGGUCCAGCAUCUUGUGGAUUUGUUUGUCUGAAGAUGGCCCGGAGGUGAAAGCAAGGGUUGUUCUCCUAUUUGUCUAUUGAAGUAAAUAAUGUUAUGUUUGCAA